UCGGCAGUCCUGCAGUCGCUCCCCGCUCCAUCAAGGACGCCGCCACCCGGCUGCCCGCCAGCUCUCUCGGCGCUCUCCUGAGUGGCCCAACACGACCCCGACUGACCCGCGGGACGCCUGUACAUCCCUGGUCCCACCUGGCUGGGAUUCGGGUGAACGCGGGACAGAAUUCACCUGGCGGGUCCCCAGCAAACCUGAAAUCUUGUGUCUCGCUUGAGCGAGGGACUCGGCUGGGACUCGGGAGAAGGAGGUGCGGCGGGGCUGUUGACGCCACGUGAGUAGGAUGCUGAUUACACCGCUCAAUUGGUAGACAACCUCCGAAGCGUUGCUUUAGAUCUGUUUUCCCGCACAGCGAGCUUUGUGCCUUUUUAGGAAAAGUAAAGGUGGUGAAAGCGUCAAACAAAUUGUAUCCAAAUGGCCACAGAAAUCGACUUUCUGCGAGAUCAGAAUCAAAGGCUAAAUGAAGUUCUUAGACGGUAUCAAAUGGAAAAUUUUUUCAAAUAUUCAUCGGUACAGAAAUCUGUCUUCAAAGGAGUUGCAGGUGACACAGUAGAAAACUCAGUAGUUGACCAAAGCUUUUUAGUUCCUCUUAUUACUGAGUAUGAUAAGCAUCUGGAAGAGCUAAAUGGGCAGCUGAAAUAUUAUCAGAAACAGAUGGGUGAGAUGAAACUACAACUUGAAAAUGUCAUCAAGGAAAAUGAAAGGUUGCACAGUGAAUUAAAAGAUACUGUUGAAAAGCAAUUGGAAGCCAUUCCCUUUGGCACAGAGAUGGGAAAUGAGAUAUGUACAGAUGAUGAAACAGUCAGGAAUCUUCAAGAACAACUACAACUGGCCAAUCAAGAAAAAACUCAGGCUGUAGAACUCUGGCAGACUGUUUCUCAGGAGCUGGACAGACUACAGAAACUUUACCAGGAACAUAUGACUGAGGCCCAGAUUCAUGUAGUUGAAAGUCAAAAACAAAAGGAUCAGCUGACCAAUUUUCAACAACUGACCAAGCAACUUCAUGUAACUAAUGAGACCACAGAAAUGACUAAUCAACACUUUUUGAAAACAGUAACUGAACAAAAUGUGGAAAUCGAGCAACUCCGAAAACAACUUAGGCAAGCCAAGUUAGAUCUGAGAGUUGCAGCAGCAAAAGUGGAAGAGUUAACUAAAGUGACGGAAGAUCUUCAAGGACAGAUGCAAAAGAAGGAGGAGGAUAUGGUGUCUGCCCAAGGAAGAGAGGAAGCAUCAGAUAGGCGCUUACAGCAAUUACAAUCUAGUAUAAAACAAUCAGAAACAAGGUUAUGUGUGACAAUCCAAGAAGCUACCCAAUUAAGAGCAGAAAAAAUACAUUUGGAAAAACAGACCAGAGACUUACAAGCAAAGUGCUAUGAAUUAGAAAAUGAGAAAUACGAAGCUAUUGUAAGAGCCAGAAAUAGCAUGCAACUCCUGGAAGAAGCUAACCUUCAAAAAAAUCGGGCUCUGCUUGAGGAGAAGCAAAAAGAAGAAGAUAUAGAGAAAAUGAAAGAAACCGUUUCUCGGCUUGUGCAAGAUGCUGCCAUAAGAACCAGGAAGGAAGUUGCAAAUACAAGAAAACAAUAUAAUGUACAGAUUUCUCGACUAACAGAAGAACUUUCAGCCCUUCAAAUGGAGUGUGCUGAAAAACAAGGCCAAAUAGAACGAGGCAUUAGGGAGAAAAAAGCAGUGGAAGAAGAACUAGAAAAGAUUUACCUUGAAGGCAGAAUAAAUGAAAAUGAUUACAGAAAACUAGAAGAAAUGCACCAAAGAUGCCUGGCUGCAGAACGUUCAAAAGAUGAUCUUCAGCUAAGACUUAAGACAGCAGAAAAUAAAAUCAAACAACUUGAAAUAAAUUCCUCGGAAGAGAUAUCACGUUGCCAAGAAAUGAUUCAGAAACUUCAAAAUGUAUUGGAGUCUGAGAGAGAGAACUGUGGAUUUGUCAGUGAACAAAGGCUGAAACUUCAGCAGGAAAAUGAACAGUUACAGAAACAGACUGAGGAUUUAAGAAAGAUUGCUCUCGAGGCUCAAAAAAAAGCCAAAUUAAAGAUCAGUACGAUGGAGCAUGAAUUUUCAAUAAAGGAACAUGGGUUUGAAGUUCAGUUAAGGGAGAUGGAAGACAGUAAUCGAAAUUCCACGGUUGAACUGAGGCAUCUCUUAGCAUCUCAGCAGAAGGCAGCCUGUAGGUGGAAAGAAGAAAUGAAGAAACUCACUGAGAGUGCGGAAAUUAGAAUCAGUAGUCUAAAGAUGAGUCACAGCCAUCCCUACCUCUCCAGGAGACUCUCCAAGACGAACAGAUUGGGAAGAUGACAAAGCAGACCACUGUUACCACUUCUGUUAGUAUUUGUACCAGAAGUCCUAAUCAGUGCACUAUGGCAAGAAAAAGAAAUAAAAGGUAAGGAAAGGAAGUAAACAGUCAUUCUUCACAGACAGCAUAACUGUGUAUGUAGAAAAUCUAAAAUAAUUCAUAGACAGAGUAUUAGGUGAACAUACAAAAAUCAAUAGUGUUUCUACAUACAUAGCAGCAACAAACAUUUCAAAAUAAAACUUUAAAAAUAGUAAAAUUUACAAUGCAUCAAAAUAUAUCAAAUACCCACGAAUAAAUUUAACAAAUGAGGUAUAAGACUUGUACAUGAAAACUAUGAUAUUAAAAGUAAUUUUUAAAAAACUUUUUUGAAUUUUAAAAAAUAAAAUAAAAAAUAAAACUAAUUAAAGAAGACCUAAGUAAGUAGAGAUCAUGUUAAUUGAUCAGAAUACUCAGCAUUAUAAAUUUGUUAACACUCCCCACCCUGACUAUAUGUAGAGUCAGUGUAACCCCAGUCAAAAUACUAGCACAUGGAGAAGUAUCCAAAACAUAUUAAGUGAAAAAAAAAAAGUAGUAUAUAGUGUGUAUAGUAUUCUACCAUUGGCAGAGAGGGCAUUUGAGUGUGUGUGUGUACAUAUAUAUACAAACAUGCUAUAUAUACACUGCGUUCAGACAGACAGACUCACACAUACACGCACAUUCUGCUUUUUUAAAAAAGAGAAGACAAAUAAUUUAAAUGGUUUUCCAUGAGGGGAGAGAAGAGGAUAAGGAUGAAGACUAGACUUCUUUAAAUGAACCUUGUUUUAUAGAUUUGUAGGCUUGACUUUGAAACUAUAUAAAUGUUUAUAUAUAAUGUUUUUUGGUUUUUAUUUGUUUUUGGCUGCAUU